GCAGGUGAACAUAUUGGACAUCCGGGUCACCUGCUGGAACGCAGCAGGUGAGUUUGGGGUUAAAUACCUGCGGUGGGCGGGGCUUAGUUGGGCUGACAGAAACUACUGCCCGACCUUUGAGACGGAUCAGAACCUGGACGGAACCCAGCAUGGCCACAGACUUCACUCAGGACGCGGUUCUGGUUUUCCUGCAGCGCUGCGGCGGCUCGGCGAGAAACACCGAACUGCUGGCCCACUUCGUGUCCUACCUGCGGGAAAAUCCGGACAACGUCGGGAACCGAGAUCUCUUCAAGAGUUUCGUCAACUCCGUGGCAACCGUGUCGAAGAUCGACGGGGUGUCUACCGUGAUCCUCCGGAAGAAGUACAGAGGAUAUGUUUCUGGUGACGGUUCGGGCAGAGACUCCGCCGAACCGGGUCCGGUCGGAGCCAGCUUGUCACCGGCGGUAAGCCUCGCCCCUCCGGGAGACACCGAGAGGAAUCCCGCCCUGCCUGCGGCUGGGAUCGUGGUGGAGAGCGGCGCCAGGCUGAAAUACGGAGAAAACCCGAGUCCAGAACCCGUCCAGGUACGAAACCGGGUCCCAGAACUUUCAGAGAUUCCUUAUCAGAGCAAAACAGAGGAACAGAACAGGCUGGUUUCUGCUGCUGGUGCUCCAGCUGUGAGACAUCAGGACUACAUCCCUGAGCCAAUCAGAUGGCAGGAAAUGCCUCAAGAAAGUUUUAUUCCAGCCUCCACCAGGAGACAGGAAGGCCCCCAUCAGGACCGCUUUCCAGAACCGAUCAGAGGACAGGGCUAUGGACCUAAUGGAGGACAUGUUGUCAACCACCAGGGCUACACACCUAGACCUACUGGAAGGCAUGAAGUCCCUCAACAGGACUUCCCCCAUAUGCCCUCCAGAAGAGUGGACAAACCACAUCAGGGAACCGUUCCUGAACCCGUCAGAGGACACAUCGUCGGCCGUCAGGACCAUGCCCCAGACCCCGGUGAAAGGUGGGAUCCCCCAAAUCAGGAAACCGUCUCGGAACCCAAUAAAGGACGUAUCGUCAGCCGUCAGGACCAUGUUCCAGAACCCAUCAGAGGACAGAAGACCUCUCAUCAGAAACGCAUUGCUGAACCCUUCAGAGGACAUGUUGGUAACCGUCAGGACCUCUUUCCAGGACCCGUUAGGGGACAGCAGGUCCUUCAUCAAAGUCCAUUCCCAGCCCCCAACAGAAGAUGGGAUGCCCCACAUCACGAUCCAAGAGGAUAUGUGAUUAGCCAUGUCCCAGAACCCAACAGAGGACAGAAUGUUUUUUAUCAGGACCCCAACAGAGAUCCUCUGAGAGGUUCUCAACCACCCACAUCUCAACCACCAAGAGGACAGCAGAGCUUUUAUCAGGUCCCUCAAAAUGCAGAACACCUCAGGGGAUGGGAGGUUCCUUAUCAGGAUCCCAUUCCUGAAUACCUCAGUGGACAGCAGGUCCCCCAGAAUCUAGAGCCUCUCAGGGGACAACGGAUUCCUUAUCAGAUCCCUCAAAAUCCAGAACCUCUCGGGGGACAAUGGAUUCCUUAUCAGGUCUCGCAGAUACCAGAACGCUUCAGGGGACAGGAGAUUUCUUAUGAAGACCCUGUCCCAGAAGCCUUCAGAGGUCAGAAUGUCUAUUAUCAAGAUCCCAUUCCAGAAUACCUCAGUGGACAUCAGGUCCCCCAGAAUCUAGAACCUCUUAGGGGACAGCAAGUCCCCCAGAAUCUAGAACCUCUUAGGGGACAGCAGGUCCCCCAGAAUCUAGAACUUCUUAGGGGACAGAAGGUCCCCCAGAAUCUAGAACCUCUUAGGGGACAGCAGGUCCCCCAGAAUCUAGAACCUCUUAGGGGACAGCAGAUGUCUUAUGACCCUGUUCCAGAACAUAUCAGAGGACAGGAAAUCUAUUUUCCAGACUCCAUUCCAGAUUUACACAGAGAACAGAAGAUUCCUUAUCAGGAUCCAAUACCUGAAUACUUCAGUGGUCAGCAAAUCCCCCAGAAUCCAGAACGUCUUUUGACAGCAGGUCCCCCUGAACCUGAGAGGAAUAUAGAACCUCUCAGAAGACAGCAAGUCCACCAGAAUCUAGAACCUCCUAAUGGACAGGAGGUACCCCAGAAUCCAGAACUACAUAGGGUACAUCAGAAGAAUCCAGAACCUCUUAAGGGACAUUGGAACCCAAAGAGUCCAGAACUACAUAGGGUACACGAGAAGAACCCAAAACCUCUCCAGAGACAGCAGGUCCCCCAAAAUCUGGAAUCUCUCCACAGACAGCAGGUCCCCCAGAGUCAAGAACCUCUUAAGGGACAGUGGAACCCAAAGAGUCCAGAGCUACAUAGGGAACACGCGAAGAACCCAGAACCUCUCCAGGGACAGCAGGUCCUCCAGAAUCUAGAACCUCACAAGGGACAGCAUAUCUCCCAGAGUCCAGAACUAUGUAAAGUACAUCAGAAAAACCUAGAACCUCCUAAGGAACAGCAGGUUCCCAAGAGUCCAGAGCUACAUAGGGAACAGAAAAUCUCCUUCCUGGAUCUGGUUCCUGAAUCAGAUCCUGGACAGCAGAGUCCUCCUCAGGACCCAGAACCCGUUGGAGGACCUGAACCCGCUCCUCAGCUCCAUCAGGCUCCGGCUCGCCGCCUCAGACACAGGCAGAGCUACAGAUCAGCUGUUUCUCAGGAUGACGACAAAGAGGAGGAGGAUGUCCAGAUCAGACGUGGCUCAGCAGGAGGUCCGUGGCCCCUGAACGUCCCUCUCAGUGAUGUGGCGAGGGCCAUGUCUGCCUCCUCACCGUGCGUCAUAGAGUCCCAGGCUCCUCCCUCCUCCUCCUCAGGGAAUAAGGUUCCUCAGAUCUACAUCCAGAACUCGGAUGUUGAAGUUCCGGCAUCUCGAUCCCACUCAGAGUCCGGGUCCAGACCAGAACCUGGACCUGUCCCUGUGGAGUCCAUGAGACGCAGUCUGCCUCUAGAAGCAGAGUUCAACACCGAACGCCUCCAUGACAAACGUGCUGCUCGGACCUCUGAACCAAUCAGGCCCAAUCAGAACCAGAGGCUGUCGUCCAGUCAGAGCGACAUCUUCGACCCGCCGUCAGACGUGAGAUCCUCCGUCAGCGACUGGCCUCCGUCUGGGUCCUCCAGAACCCAGACUGGUUCUGGAGCAGAUGAACCUGCGGUUUCGUCGACGUCGCUGGAGGUUCUGCAGGAGUCCAACAGAACCAUGCUGGAACCUCCGGCCCGUCGCUCCAUCCUGAAAAUGUCGUUCCACCAGUCGAUGGGGAAUCUCUGCGACGAUGAUUCGCCUCCCAGCAGAAAGUUGUACCUGUCCAGCGACCAUCUGAAUGACCACCAGCAGUACGCGUCCAGAGGAUCGUCCCUGAACCAGUCCACAGAUGAACUCUAUGAUGAUAUGAAGUCGAGCAAAACCUCCAUCGACUCGCCUCAUGUGAAGCUUCGCUCGGCGGCGGCUCGGCGGAUGAGCAGCCGACUGAGGAACCGGAUUUGCCGCAGCUUGGGAACCGACCUGGACCAGGAGGAACCCGGUGGAGGACCGGAGGACGCCAGACUGGAACGGCUGCACCGGAUCUCAUCCUCGCUGAGUCUUCCCCACCACCUGUCGUCCUCGUCGCUGUCGUCCUCCACCACGCCGCCGCGAUGCCCCAGCCCCAUCGCCUCAGAGGGCGGGAGGAAGGAAUCCAGGAAGAGCCUUCACUCUCACAACGCCAGACAGUCUGCGAUUCCUCUGGAGGCCCAGGAGCACGACUGGAUGGUGAAGGCAGCGGCGGGUGCCUGGCCGGACGUCUAUGCUCUGUUCAGGUCCGACUCCUCGCUUCUCAACCGGCAGGACUUCAUCUCCGGCUUCACGGUUCUGCACUGGAUGGCAAAACAUGGCGACCACCGAGUCAUCAACACCCUGAGCUACGGGGUGGAGCAGAAAGGCCUGAGCUUCGAUGUGAACGCCAAGUCGACGGCGGGUCAGACGCCGCUCCACAUCGCCGCCAUGCACGGCCACAAAAACGUCAUCCGGCUGCUGGUGAAGAAGCUGGAAGCCGACGUGAAGCUGAGGGACGUGGCGGGGAAGAAGGCCUGGCAGUACCUGAGCGACCGAUCCCCGGACAUCCUGGAGCUGCUGGCGGCGCCGCCCAAAGCCGCGCUGACCCGCGGCGCCGAGAACGCCGAUCCGGGCUUGAAGCCGCCCAAGCAGCAGCGGAACCGCCUGCGCCACCACUUCUCCUCGGCCUCCUCCGGCCAGAGGCCGCAGACGCUGGCCGGCAUGGUGAAGGUCAACAGGUCGACGUCCAUCGCCGCGCUGCUGAAGCCCAAACCUCUGCAGCGGUUUUAGCAGAACCAGAACCGGUUUGCUGAACCGCCCUGCUGUUACAGACGUGUUCCUGCCUGCAUCCCUUCACUCUGAACAGGCAGAACUUUUAGUUUGACUGUUUUUAAUCUGGGUUAGCAGUUUAUACAUCAAGUCUCUAAAAACAUCUGUUGAUGUUUGGGUUUUAUUCAAGUUGUGCUCUAAUCACUGGAAACAUGACAAUAAACGACUAAAAUCCAAUUAAACAUUUGAUUCCAGAAAACUGACGAUUAAACGCAGGAAAAGACAUGAAAGAGUUUCUGCUAUAAAAUUAUGAAUAAUAUACAUUAAAGAAACAGAUCAAAUUUAUUAUUAGCAUAUUAACAUGAUAUUGAUAGCAUUUAUGCUAACAUUAGCUUCUUAGCUUAUGUUUACUAAAGACUAAAGUUAGUUAAUGUUUUCCAACAUGCUAGCUUUAGCUAACAUGGCUAAGUCAUGAAAUUAUGUACAAAAUAGAAAAAACUAAAUGACUAACAAUUAAAUUUUAAUUACAAUGAAAUAAAAAUCCCAACAAAUAAACAUUUUAAAUCAUAAAAUUUAAUGUAAAAACCUGAUGGUGGAAGUUUUCUGGGGCCUUUUAUUGGAUUUCAUAAGUUAUACAUUUUUUCCUUCCACUUAAUUUCCCAUGCAUUCUUAACCCAUCAAUGAUUUUAUCACAAAACUCGUUUUUUUAAUGCUUUUGUAUAUUUGAUUCUAUUUUCCCAGGAACUAACUGUAAGUUUUCAUUAAAUGAAUCCAGAAUAACCUGGAAUAUGUUUCGUUUUGCGUUGAUUUCAUCUCUGUUGGCUUCGUUUGUUUAUUUCUGUCUUGGUCUUUGUGGCGCCGCCCGUCCAGAACUGUAACAUUUAGUUUCUGCAGCAGCUGAACACAGGAAGGAUUUUUCCUCAUGUUUCAGGCUGAUGUGGGAGGAGAAACGGGGAAAAGUUCGCAGGUCGUCAUGAUCUCAGGUUUCACUCUGAAGACUCAACAAACAGACGAGGCUUUUUCUGAUUUUAACUGAUUUUUAUACCAAAAAUAAUAAAAACAUAUUUACUAACAUA